AUGCCGCUCUUCGGCAGAACGCGGACAGGUGCGCCCCCUGCCAGCAACGAGGCACCUGUCAGCCGGCGCAGCAGCGCCCCCACCGGCGCCAGCAGCGGCGCCCCGACCGCUUCCGGCGGCAGAGGCGGCAGAAGUGGCAGCCGGGCAAAUGGCCGUCCCUCGGUACCGGUACCACCGGCCGGCGAAGAUGAGAUCCUCGCAGUGACGCGAGGCAUGCAGCACUUGCAGGCAGAUUUGAUAGCUCCCUUGAAUGAUGUGCUGAACAAUGAGCCCAGUGAAGACAUGGUGCCGUGGCUGGAUACGCUGGUUGGCGAAGCACAGAUGCAAGUGGAGCAACUCCAGCAGCAGGCAGAUAUUUGUAUGACCCGGGAACGUUUCGAUGUGAUGCAACAGAUUGUGGAAUGCGCUUCUGACUUUGAAGAACUUCGCCUGCGAGCCACUACUUGGAAGGAGGAAGCAGAAAGGCGAGGCAGCGCAUCCAUGGCGUCUCCGGGCGUGCAGCUAUCCCUGGGCACGGGAUCAGUGCGGUCGCAGGGCAGCGCCUCAGAUUCGUUUGGAGCUCAGCCAUCGACUGCGGCUAUGCAAUCCAUGCGAUCGCCAGCGGAUGCCGAUCCAUUCGGGGCUCAGCCAUCUCCAGCAGCAAGCCAGGCAUCCGUGCGACAGGCACAGCCGUCUCCCGCGGCCAUGCAAUCGGGGCGGUCACAGGCAUCUGCAUUUGGUGCAGAUCCUUUUGGGGCGCCACCGUCGUCCUCAGCAGCCAUGCAAUCUGCGCAAACACAACCAGCGUCUGAUCCCUUUGGGGCGCAGCCGUCUCCCGCGGCCGUGCAAUCGGGCCGGUCACAGGCGUCUGCCUUUGGCGCCGCAGAUCCCUUUGGGGCUCAGCCAUCUCCAGCGGCAAGCCAGGCAUCAGCGCGACAGGCGCAGCCGUCUCCUGCGGCCGUGCAAUCGGGCCGGUCACAGGCGUCUGCCUUUGGCGCCGCGGAUCCCUUUGGGGCUCAGCCAUCUCCAGCGGCAAGCCAGGCAUCGGUGCGACAGGCUCAGCCAUCUCCAGCGGCAAGCCAGGCAUCAGUGCGACAGGCGCAGCCGUCUCCUGCGACCGUGCACUCUGCCUUUGGCGCAGAAGAUCCUUUUGGCGCGCAACCGUCGUCCUCAGCCGUGCAAUCCUUUGCGUUUGCUGACGCAGACCCGUUUGGGGUGCAGUCCUCGCCGGCGAUGCAAUCCAUGCGCUCGCAACCAGCGGUUGAGCCGGAUUUUGUCGGGGCGCGACAAGUCUCGCCAGCUUCACAGCCAUCUGUGCGAUUUGCUGAUGAUGGCCCUUCUGCAGCGCAGCAAUCGCCAGCAGGUCUUCAGCAGACGUUCGGAUCGCAGGCUUCUCCUGCAACUGGCCAGACGAUGCCGGGAGCCAGCGACACCUGGCCCAGCCCUGCCAAAGCGGCGCCCUCCACACCGUCGGGGUGGGCGGUGCCGACACAGUCGCUGUCGUGGCCCUUCGCCUGGCCUGGGUCCAGCCCAGAAGAGCAGACGCCUGCGGCGUCUCUGUCGGCACCAUCUGUGGCUUCGGCGUCCCCGUCUGGACCCCCCACGCUGCCGCCGAUCAUCAAGAGCACGUCCAAGUCAUCGCCAGCCUCUCAACGCAUACGAACCGAGCAGGAAUCCGCCAAGAAGGAGUUGCAACGAACUCUCCAGCACGCCUCAGAGGAUCCGCACCUCCUGUCCUCGGCGCUGCACGAGGCAAAGAUGAUCGGCUUGCAGGAGGUGGAGCCAGAGCUGGUGCAGCAGGCAGAGGCUGCAUUGCAGAAGGCGCAUCAGAGCAGCCUGCAGUCGGAGGCGUUCCAGGCCCUGCAGCAAGCUGCCCGAAAAGUGUCUGCGGAUCUGAGGGAUCUGGCGGUAGACGAGGAGGCAGCAGGGUCGCUGAGGGAGGACGCGGCACAGCUGCAGCAGGCGCUGCAGGAGGCCAAGGACCUGCAGCUUUCCGACAGCACCCAGGAGGCAGAGAUCCUUUUGCAGAAGGCCAGAACAGAAGAGGCUCGCACGUCAAAGAGGAGUGAGCCACAAGCUUCAGCAAGUCCACAAGCUGCAGUCAUUGAAGUCCCAAGAGCAGCGGAGGUGGAGCCGGUGCCAACCUUGAAGCCUGAACCACAGCUGGGCGAGAAGCCAACUGUCCAGGCCGACAGCUUCAUGCAAGAGAAGGUGAGGAAGCUGCUUCAAACCCUGAUGGCAGGCGGCAGCAACGGAGAGCAGCUCCGGAAGGCCGCGGAGGUGGCAGCUGCAAUAGGCCUCGAUUUGGAAAGCCAAAAUGCCCGGCAAGCUGCGGAGACGCGCUCCAGGGCUCACGACGAAGCGGUGGCAGCGCUGGGUUCUGGCGAUCUUCACAGGAUCCGCCAGGCCAAGGCCAUGGUAGAGCUGGCCGGUGGUCCUUCUGCAGAUUUGCGCCAGCUCGCACAGGUCUUGCAAAUGCAAGUGCCGGGGUCGUCUGGUUCUGUGCCAGGUUCUCGCCGCAUUCUGAGAGCAGAGGAGAAGGAGGCCUUCCGGGAGAGAGAGGAGCACUUGGUGCAGCAGCUGAGGCACGCUCGGGAGCGGCAGCUUGAGGAGUUCCGGGCACAGCUGCCAACUUCCGGAGAGGUUCAAAGAGUACCUGCAAGCAAGACUGCGUUGCAGCCGAGCGAGAAGCUGCAAGAAGAGGCGCCAGCAGAAGCGCACGGCGAGGCCGAGAGGCGCGGACAUUGGACCAACCCUGCCGGCAUGGACCCGGCAGAGGCAUUCAACCCCUUCGGCUUGCCCACGGACUAUCGAACCCUGUUGGCGAAUGCCCAGCAUCGCACCAAGUGGUCUCCAAGACAGUUCGAAGAUCCCAAGUACUGGCAUCCCAGAGGGCAGGCGCCGGUGUCGGACGUGAUGCAUUUCUGA